CCAAUCGUCAAAAUGCCUCGUCAACGUGGAGGAGCUCCUCCUCGCCGCCCUACGGCCGCACCCGCCAGACCCGCUGCCCCAGCUCCUGCUCCCCAACGCCACUCUUCCACUGCCGCCGCACCCCCAGCUGCAGCUCCUCAAGCGGCUGCUCCUCAGGCUAGCCAGGGCCCCGGAUUGUUCGGUCAGAUGGCCAGCACAGCAGCUGGUGUCGCAGUCGGAUCUUCCAUCGGCCACGCCAUCGGCGGCAUGUUCGGUGGCGGCAGCUCCGCCCCAGCUGCUGAGGCCACCCCUCAAUCCUCCGAAUUCGCGACCCAGCACCAGCAGGUCAACAUGUCGCAGCAAUCCGGUGCCUGCGCGACGGACGUUGGAAACUUCCGCAAGUGCAUGGACGAGAACCAGGGCAGCUUGACCAUCUGCGGAUGGUACCUUGACCAGCUCAAGGCUUGCCAGCAGGCCGCUGGACAGUACUAGAUUGGAGUUUGAAAGGAGAAGGAAUGUAGCGUGAAUUAGGACUGCGUGAUAAAGUGGAGUGAAGGGUCCUGUUGGAAUCUUCACUGCCUUGCAUAUUGCAUAUCUAUUGGUUGUGCCUUUUUCCCCUUUCGUGUAUCUAUACCGAAUCAAUUUAGCAUCUGGCUCGCCACUUUUCAGAAACACAAAGAAAACAAUCAAAAACACUUUAUCAAUAUCAAGCAGAGCUACCGAUUGAGCAGUUGACAACACCCUACAGAAUU